GUCCUUGAGCUGGAAACAAACGUCACACGCAGGAAAUUUCCACGCAGAACAGUAUUGGUCAGCGACGCGAUGCGGUGCCUCUUGAUGCUGGUGAUUUUUGCUUUAUGCUCUCUGGCAUUUGCUAAGAAGGGCGAUAAAGCCAAAAUGAAAGUGGACAGGUACGCAGGCUCAACUAGGCCAUGCAACCCGAGGGUGUUUGCGACUCUAGACAGUGCUUGUUCAAUGCCAAAAUUCAUGCCGGUGGCUACGAUUGAAGAGUGUUUUGGCAAAAAUGCUUCUAAGGAGGCUAUCAAGAAAGCAGCUUUCUCGGCCAAUCGGAAAAAUAAAGGCAAGGAUAAUCCUGGAAACGAGAACCCUAUCAACAGUAUCAAACCAGGUCGUCGUGAAUUCGGUCCAGAAGGAGGCCCCAUGUGCUUCGUCAAAUGCGUUUUUGAAAAAGAGAAAUUGUGUGACGCAAAGGGCGUUGUGGACAUAAAUGCCGUGAAGCAGAAGUUCUCAGCAAACUCGAAUGACACCUGGAAAAGUACUGUCGAGAAGUCCGUGGAUACUUGCUGGGCUGAUUUUCAAAAUGUGAAUUUCUCAAACUCCUCAACUGUACCAAAUGAAGCGAAGAACUGUAAAGGUGACGCAGCCAUGCUUACUGCUUGCGUGCGCAGAGCCCUUUUCAUGGAUUGCAAGAACAUCAUAGACAAAAAUAAAUACGAGAAGAAGCGAAGCAAGGUUGAGAAAUGCGAUCCUUUCUCCAUUCCCCCUCCAAGGUACAAUGCUACCGAAGCGCGAAAAAGCAAGCGCAAUAUGGGAAAGGGAAAUAAAAUCGCCAAAGACCCCAAGACCCAGGGUUGAUUGUGUAUUUUUGGAAUUGAUGGUGUAGGUUUUGAAUAAAUUGGUUGAAUUUAAUUGCAUUUUAAUUGGUGCAAGCUACAAAAAA